GAUGUUGUACACUCAACAGUUUAGAUCGUCAACGACGUCUGGAAUUGUUUUGUAAUGAACAAAAGCGACAAGCAGUGGUUUAUGAGAAAAAAGUCGAAAAAGUGUUUUGGGUAAUUGAACAUAAAGUUGGUAGUGAUCCCGUGAAAGUUUUGAUGAAUCGAAAUAUUUCUACCUUUCGCGAUUGUAUGAAACAUAUUUCACGAUUAAAAACUAAUCGUAUGGCACUGGCAUAUGCUAAUGGUUCUUACAAGUCUGUAUUGGAGAAGCUCUCCAGUGAUGGAAAAAUGACACCAUUAGAUUAUAAUUGUCAGAAUAAACAUCACGCCAAUGCCGUUAAUAUGGCUUAUUGGCGAACAUGUGCAUUCUUGUUAGGCGCUGUUAUUGAUCAAGCAUUUGCUGUUGAUGUACAGUUAGUUGGUCCUUCUAAAGUAGAUUAUCAUUCGGGUAGGUUUGAAUAUAUUGCGAGGAUAAAAGACUUGCAGAACUGGACACCAAAUUCAGAAAGUUUAUUUGCACUGACAGAAAAAGCCAUUGGAGAAUACAUCGCAAAACCUUUGGCCGUCGAACCGUUGCUUGUGUCAUUAGAAUUUGCAAUGGAUUUAUUUGAUUCAAAUGUUUGGAAACAAAAAUUAGUCCAUGAAAUGAAGCAUGAAACCGAAAAUGGCGAACAAGGAGUAAUCAUUUAUCGAAUGGGUGAUUUUGUGGAUAUAACUUAUGGACCUUUGAUUCCAUACACCAGUCAUAUUGAUAAAUUUGCUCUGACUAAAGUGGAACACAAGGAUUCCGAAUAUCGUUUCAUAGGUGUAUCUGUACCGAAAGAAUUGAAAUGCUCGUCUUACUCGUGGGAUCUAAUCUGUAACGCUUCAGUUAUGCCUCCUGUUAAGCAAUGA